AAAUUCCGGAAAAUCUUGAGUUGUCAAUUUUGACAGCUGACUUUGUUUAUUAUGAAAAAAAUGCAAAAAAUUGAAGAAUUUUCACAUUUUUCUCAGUUUUUCUCAAAAUUUUUCACUUUUUUCCACUCAAGGAAGCUUUAAUUGAAGAAAGUGAAAAAAAGAAAAAUGUACGCGGAUGGUUUUAAAUACUGGUUGGCUUAUUCGAAAAAUGAUAUAAAGUACUACCGUUGCUGCCUACACAAGAAACAAUGCCCCGGGAGGUGUGUCGUGGAGGAUGGGCGAACAGUACGGAUAACAACAGAGCACAAUCAUGAUCCGGAACCGGAUAAAAUAGUCGUGGAGAAGUUCCGGAAAGUCCUAACACGACGAGCAGCAACGGAGACAACGGAUCUGCACAAUAUCUACUGGGAGGAGGCAUCGCACAGGCAUGGGGAGGCAGCUCUGCUGUAUAGCUACAAUCUUGCCGAGAGUGCAAUGCGAAAGGCGCGACGGAAGCAACUCCCAACGAUUCCAACGACAAUCCGGGAAUUGACGGAAGCACUCAAAGUGUCGGAUCUGUUUCGCGUUACCUGUGGCAAUCGCAAAGAGCAAUUCUAUCGAACGACAAUAGAGCUGGAGGAGGGGAGUUGUGUCAUCUUUAUCCAUGGGAAAACCCUGCAGGCUGUUGGGAAGAUUGAGGAGAUGCACGUGGAUGCAUCUGUGGAGUGUAUGGCAAAGCCACGAGGGUAUCUCCUGACAAUUCAUGCAGUUCAGGGGCACAAGGGGGUCCCGGUGAUGUUUGCCUUCAUUACAACUAAAUCCCAGUCAUCGUUUGCAGCUGUUUUUGCAUAUUUGCGCGAAAACUACCCCGUUCAGGUGCUUCCAACGAUAAUUUUGGCUAAUUUUGAUGCAGCAAUGCACUUUGGUUUGGUCUACACAUUCCCCGAGGCUAACAUCAAAGCAUCGUGGUUUCACUACACAGACGCCGUUGUUGGGCGCCUCAAGGCACUGCGGUUGCAGCGUGAAAUAGCCAAAGGACAUGGGGCGUGUGCCCUCCGGAUGCUCCUUGUCUUGCCCUUCCUCCCAGCUGAUCACAUGGCAGCUGGCUUGAUGGCGCUGAAGAAGUGGAUGCAGGAGAAGAAAGUCUACACGGUGGGACUUUCAUCCAUCUGCACGUACGUCGAGCACGAAUGGCUACGGGCUGUUGGGCCCGAGAAGAUGUCAAUGUUUGGGGAAUCCCGGUGCACAAAUAGCUACGUGCAGACGUUCAAUCGUGAACUUAUGGACACAAUGGAUGGGCGCACGACGAUCAUUUGGCACUUCCUGGACGCCCUCACGCACAUUGCCACCAAAACCUACACAAAACUCAUGCGACGCGGCAAGGAUGCCGGACUACCGGGCCCCAAGCCACCGCGUAAAACUCAAAUGGCCACAGAGGAAAUUAUCCGUGUGGCAACGGAACAGUGGAUUCGUACCCCAUUGCACCUUCGCUCACCAUUCCAAUUCCUCCAGAUGGCCAGCCAUUGUAUCAAUGACAGCAACUACUCGGUCAUUGUGAGUACAGUGUCCAUCCCACCUGAUGCCCCGGAUGCACCACCAGCCCCAGCUGCAAAGAGGAAAGCCCCGGCAGAGCCGAUCAUUGACAUCUUCAGCAAUGUUUCCUUCAUUGAAGCCCCACAAAUUACAACGACGAGGUACAUUUCAUCUGAUCCACCCCCACUGGCAUUCUUCCCCAAAGUCUCCUCCCCGCAGAAGGUGCAGCGGGUGUCACGGUACCCCCAGGAACCACCACCACUUGUUCCCAUUAGUCGAUCCAACAGGAAAAUAUCAUGAGGGCUCUCUCUAUUUUAUUAAAAUUUGCUUUAAUAUCCAUUAAAUCUCUUUGAAAUCAAAAA